CGGGGCCGGGCUCCCGGAGAGAUAAAUGGUGUGUGGUACAAUUCGCGGAGUCGGGUACGAAACUGUCCUUUCGCGUUUCCUGUGAGGGACAGCGAGCAGCUCCCAGUGCCCCCAGCACCCACCGCGACGAGCCAGGCAGACCGACAGCACAGCCCCGGGGACGGCCCAACCAUGUCCGGGAAUAAAGACAGCGACGGCGGCUGGAGGAGCUUUCUGUGGAAUUCGGAGAAAAAGGAGUUUCUGGGUCGAACGGGCGGCAGUUGGUUUAAAAUCUUCUUGUUCUACGUGAUAUUCUACGGGUGCUUGGCUGGGAUUUUCGUCGGGACCAUUCAGGCUAUGCUGCUUACAUUAAGCAACUACAAACCCACCUAUCAGGACAGAGUGGCCCCCCCAGGUCUUUCGCACACGCCAUGCUCAGAAAAAUCUGAAAUUUCUUUCAACAAGUCGGAUCCAAAGUCAUAUGACAAGUAUGUGGUGAGCAUGAAGAAGUUCCUGGACAAGUACAACGACACUGAACAGGGGGACAUAAAGAAAUUCGAGGACUGUGGAGAUGACGCUCGGCCUUACAAGGAUCGCGGCAACCUCCUGGAUAACGAGAAAGAAAAGAGGAAAGCUUGCCGGUUCUUCAGAUCGUGGCUGGACACCUGCUCUGGAGAAUCCAACAAUGACUUUGGCUUCCCAGAAGGAAAGCCAUGCCUGAUUGUCAAGUUGAACAGGAUUGUCAACUUCAGACCAAAGGCUCCUUCCAGCAACCAGACACUCCCAGAAGCUCUGCAGGCCAAAUCAAACCCCAACCUCAUCCCCAUCUACUGCAAAAAUAAGAAAGACGAGGACGAAGGCAAGAUCGGAGAGAUCAAGUACUUCGGGCACAGCAACGGCGCCGGCUUCCCCCUCCAGUACUACCCGUACUACGGGAAGCUGCUCCACCCCGACUACCUGCAGCCCCUGGUGGCCAUCCAGUUCACCAACCUGACCCUCAACACGGAGCUCCGCAUCGAGUGCAAAGUGUACGGCGACAACAUCAAGUACAGCGAGAAAGACCGCUAUCAGGGACGUUUUGACGUUAAGAUCACAGUGACCUCGUGACCUCAGCCGCCAAGUGAAGCGCUCUCAUUUUGAAAAAGAAGACAAACACAAAAUGUAGAGAGAGAAUACAAGAGUUCAGAUAAAACACCACUAGUCUUUGAACAUUCAUGAUAUUACAGGACCUACACUUAAUCCGUGUGCUUUACACUAGCUUUUCUGUGUGUUUGUCGAGGGUUAGAAUGUAAAAUGCAAGAGUAGCAAUAGCAAAUAUUUAUUCUACUGUAAAUGAAAAUAUUCCUUGAGCCAUGGGAUGUGUUCAUCUAUUACUGUAAAACUGCAAUUCCACUACUGACGCGUAGCGAGUUGUGUUUCUGUCCCCGCCCCAAGGUAUUUCGCCCUCACGUGGUUUCUAUAUAUUUUUGGAGUGUCCAGUGCUGUAGUCCAGUCCUGUUGUAACCUCUUUUGUCUUAUGUCAGCUUCAGUGGUCCAAGGUGUGUGUGCGUGCGCUCGUGUCCGUGUGCAGGCGUGUUAGUCCAUGUGAGUGCGCGUGGAGUGUGUGUCAAUGUGCUCUGACUAACUGAAAUACUAGCAUGGUACUCUGAACCUUUAAGGCCCAUGUUUAGGUAGUU